AUGACGGAAGUAAAUGACGCUGAAAUAAUGACGGAAGUAAAUGACGCUGAAAUAAUGACGGAAGUAAAUGACGCUGGAAUAAUGACGGAAGUAAAUGACGCUGAAAUAAUGACGGAAGUAAACAACACUAAAGCAAUAGCAGAAGGAAGAACAUCCAUCCAUUCAACCAGUCCAUCACUUGCAACACGUCCAACAGCUUUAUCUUUAUCGGCACAAUUUAUCACGAUUAAAAUAGCGAUGAGUCGGGGAAGAAAGGAGCAGAAGGGGGGGGGAUUGAUAAGAAGCGGGGAUCCAACCAUAUGGAAGCCAAUUUGCAUUUCAUUUCCUGCGCAACUAAAG